AUGUCGUCGCAACAAGAUAUCAAUGCCCUGCUGUACGCCAUGCGUACACAGAUUGCAAUGUUAACCUCACAACUCGCCGAGCUACAGACAAACCCUCCUGCGGCAACCCCCUCGGUAGAGAAAAAGUUCAAUAAAAAAGUUGAAGUUGUCGCUGACCCUGGCGCCUUUGAAGGAGACAGAGCACAAUUCGCCGAGUGGUGGAUCAAGCUCCAGAUUUGGGUUAAGGCAAAUUGGGACACAUUUGCCGACAACUUUGAGGUAGCCACUGCAGUGCUAUCUCGACUAAAAGGACCUGUGGCGGGUCGGUACGCCCAAGUUAGAUUACAGGAGUGCUACACCACGGGAGUGUGGCCGACCUGGGACGAUCUCAAGAAAGAGAUCGAAAAAUACUUUAAACCACAAGCUGAGCGUGACUGGGCGCGUCAGCAAAUCUGUUCCUUCAAACAAGGAAAUAUGAGGAUGGAUGACUAUGUUACCCGGUUCCUGGCCCUCUCCAUCCAAGGAGGGCUUGAAAAUGAACAUGCAGUAGAACUGCUGGAGUGCAAUGUGAACCCUUGCAUUGCAGAACAAAUCUACUUGCAGGAUACAAGAAACAAGAACUUGGCCUUGGCGGCUGAGGAAGUACGACGAAUCGGUAGAGCCAUGGAACUUUACCAAAUGCACCAUGGUGGCGGGUCCACCACCAAAAACAACAAAUCCCAGAGGCGCCCUGGGUCAUCAAACCAUCAAAACCAUUCUCACGGGUUCAAGCCGUUCGGGCUGCAACCAGGGCAGGGAGCCCCUAUGGAUAUCGGCGCGGUCCAAGGAGGACAGAUGCGCAGAUUCCAGGGGAACUGCUAUAAUUGCAGCCAAGAGGGACACAUGUCCCGAGACUGCAGAAAAGGAGCGCAGGCUGCCCAACAAAAAAAUAACCAAGGGCGCCAGGCGCGCCAAUUAGAGUCCGAAAAACCGGACGAUCGGCUCCAGACUCUGGCCGGUCGUUCGUACAACGAAAUCCGGGCCUUCUUCUAA